CAAGUCAAAGAAGGCGACAAGAUCCCCUCCGUUGAACUCUUCCGCAAGAACCCCGGCGACAAGAUCAACAUCGCGCAGGAGAUCGCCUCCGGCCCAGCCCUCCUCAUCGGCGUCCCCGCCGCCUUCUCCCCCGGCUGCUCCGAGAAGCACAUUCCCGGCUACGUCGCGCGCCCGGACAAGCUCGAGGAGUUCAAGGGAAAAGUCUACAUCAUUGUUGUCAAUGAUGCGUUUGUGACGAAUGCGUGGGCGAAGAGUCUGGGGCUGGAGGGGACGGGGAUAACGAUUCUCGGGGAUGCGGAUGGGAAGUUCGUUGAGGAGUUGGAUGUGGCUUUUGACGCGACGGCUAUUUUGGGGAAUAAGAGGAGUAAGCGGUUUGCGAUCAGGACGCAGGAUGGCGUUGUGAAGAAGGUUGCUGUUGAGCCGGAUAAUACGGGUGUUACUGUCUCUUCCCUGGAACAGUUUCUGCCGUAA